AUGAAAAUUUCGUUCUCACAAGGCGGCGGCGGUGGCGGUUUGAGCAGUGGAGGAGGUUUCAGUAGCAGUAGAAGUGGAGGUGGUGGUAUUAGCCGGCCAGGAGGUGGAGGUGGAUUUGGUAUAAGCCGUCCAGGAGACGGAGGUGGAUUUGGUGGCGGUAGGUCUGUUCCUUCAUUCCCGAGCUCUUCAAGACCAAGUCCAAGUUUCCCAAGUUCGAGUAGUAGACCCGGCAUUUCUCCUACAUUUCCAAGCUCAGGAAUAUCCAGACCUGGUCCGACAUUCCCAGGGCCCGGGAUACAACUUCCUAGUGGACCAAGUACGCAUCCGACAUUCCCAGGGCCCGGGAUACAACGUCCUAGUGGACCAAGUACGCAUCCGACAUUCCCAGGGCCCGGUAUACAACGUCCUAGUGGACCAAGUACGCAUCCAACGUUUCCGGGGCCUGGAAUACAACGUCCUAGUGGACCAAGUACGCGUCCGACGUUUCCGGGGCCUGGGAUACAACGUCCUAGUGGACCAAGUAUACGUCCGACGUUACCGGGGCCUGGGAUACAACGUCCUAGUGGACCAAGUUACCCUGGCGGUUCUGGGAAUCCUCCAGACUAUGAAGAUCAUCAUGUCAAUGAUGGUGAUUAUGCAGAAAGACAUCACCAGCGUCACUACCGUAAUGGUUAUCACAAUGAUAACAGUGGUUGCAGCACAAAACAAUUAAUUAUAAUUUGCGUCGUGAUAUUUUUCAUUAUUUUAAUUAUCGUUGUAAUUGUUGUUGUAGCAAUUGUCGUAACCAAGGGGGAUUAA